AUGGGGGGAAAGCUGUCGACGCAGGAGGGGCUGUUUGUGCUGAGCCAGUGGCCGGAGCUGCUGGAGAACGCCAUGAGUGCCGAUGCCGAGGCGGCGGCUGGCGGCGGCAGUAACAAACACACUUCUUCAUCUGCUUUCCGCAUGUCGUUUCAGGAGUGGCAGGCGCUUAUUACGCUGCUGGACAACACGGGGCCCAGCGAUGUCCCAUCGCGAUUGUGUGCAGGCUUCAGCGACGCGCAGAUCAGGAACCCCAUUGUCGUUGUGAUGGUGCAUGCCUGCUGCUGGUUUGACGGCAGCAUCAGCUCGGAAGUCUUGACGGGACGCCUCGCGUCUGUGGGGGAUGCCGUGCGGUCACGCCGUGAGAAUCAGCAGAGACUCACAAAAGAAGAAGAAGCGGAAGACGAACUUGUAGACAUCGCGCUUCGUGUCUUUACGGACGCGGUGCGGCAGAAGGCGGCGGCAUCCCACUCGUCGAGGCGCGGCACAGAAAAAGCGGCAACACCGGGUAGUACGGCCAUGGACGCCCUUAUCGCAUGGGAUGGCUCCAGGCGGCCCGUCGUGACGCUCGCACACGCCUACAUUGUUGGUGCCGUUGCGUGCGCCCACGCAGAGCCGCGCUACGCGGAGGCCGCCAUUCAGCUCCUGCGCAAGCUGCAGGAGGCGAUGGGUGAUGCGGCGGCAUCCGUCUCGCGCGGGCGGCAGGCAGAGCGGGGCUCGGCGUGCAGCAUCAACGAGUGGCGACUCACGCAGCGUCUCGAGGCGGC